AAUUUGUUAACAAAAUUUUAGAAAUAAAUAGGUAACUUUUUCUUACUUCCAUUGAUCUUUCCCAAUCUAUAGACUAUUCCAGGAUUCCCCCACUCUUUUCCCCCAUCAUAGCCAUUUCUUCUUCUUCUUCUUCUUCUUCAUCCCCACUGUUUUUAGUCACUCAAAUGUUAGUCAAGCCCUAGUCUCUACCCUAAUAUACCCACUCCCAAGACUUCAUCAAGCAACACCUAAGUUUCUUGAUAACUUGAAAGAUUAAACAAAACCCUACCUUGAUUGGCCAACUUUUGGAGAUCUUUUCAUUUAUUCUUACAAAACCCUAUAUAUGUCUCCUAAAAGCAACAUCAUCCAUGACCCUUUUUCCAACAAAUCACAAGAAUUGCUUAAAGAGUCUUAUACACAUCAUUAUCACCAAAGCCCUAGUUCAACAAUAGUAGAAGAAGACCAUUCUUUUUUCUUGAACUUUCCUUCGCCAGACCAUUCUUUUUUCUUGAACUUUCCUUCGCCAUUUCUUGAUGACCAUGAACUCCCAUUAAGCCAAAUAUUUUCCCAACAGCAUCAUCAAGAGCUAGAGGCUAGUGAUAACCAUGACACUGAUCAAGCUGAUCCUGACAAUGCCAUCAAAGAUAACCAUAGUGCUGACAAUUCAAGAUCUGCACGACUCAACACGAAAAUCAUGGGAGACCAGAGUUCAAAUUCGGCCAGCAAGGUAAACCCUCUUGAGCCUGCCUCAUCACCAUCGUCAAAGAAGAGAAAACUAAGUGCAAAACCACGAAGAAGAGCAGGAAAAAAGGAUAGGCAUAGCAAGAUUUGCACAGCACAAGGCGUGAGAGACCGGAGGAUGAGAUUGUCCCUUCAAAUAGCGCGUAAGUUCUUCGAUCUACAAGACAUGUUAGGGUUUGAUAAGGCAAGUGAAACUAUUGAAUGGUUGUUUUCGAAGUCCAAGAAUGCCAUCAAGGAGCUCUCAAGAAACAUCCCACAAGAGAAUUAUAGUAGUCAUGCCAACAAUGGAGCUAAGAGUGAAUAUGAAGAUCAUAGAAAUUUGAGAAAGAUUGAGUCAAGGGACAAGCCAAGAGAUAAGGCAAGGGAGAAAACCAAAGAGAAAAUAAUGAUUAAAUCAGGCCACAACAAAAAGUGCAAUCAAGAAUUGUGUGAAACAAACCCUAAAAAUAUUGAUAACUUAAGGUCAAAUUCACAACCUCUUGAACAUCAAUCUGCUAAUGUUGGGAUCAUGGAAAGUUACUUAGGUGGUGCAAGUUGUUCUUCAAUAACUUCUAUAUUUGACUAUGACAACAGCGGACUAAUCAAAGGAAGCAUAGAUAUUUCCGACAAUUGCUUCAUGGGGUUUCUUGAAAAUUGUACAAUGACAAAUGAGGUGGCUCAAAUCCCAUUUGCAGGUAAUAACCCUAGCUCAGUUUAUUGGGACAAUUCAAGGUUUCAUAAAUUUUAGCUUUUGGACCAAGAGAAUCAUUUCUCCUGCAGAUACUAAGACUGAAAUAAACUAGAAUAUCCUAUGUUAUAACUACCUGCUUUUUCUCCUUUUUUGUUUUGGGUUGGUUGAUUCAUGGAAUAUGGCAAAGUCUAUUUUUGAACUUUGCUGGUUGAUUGUAGCGACUCAAGUGUGUUGAGAACUAAUAAAAAAUUCAUAUUUGUACUA